AUGUCGUGGAACACAAAGACUUGGGCUUGGGUUAAGAAAUAUUUUUCUGUGAACCCUUUGGUCACUGAUGGUAUUCCCGUCGUUGGUCAGUUCAGAACACCUGCUGUUGGUUCGAGACCCGAGAAAUACGUAUAUCCCAAGUCAGCUGCUUCCAACAUCAGCGGAAACUACUAUUUCCAGAGAGACACUCGCAGAAACUACCCUAGACUUGCUAUUUACACACAGCAGGAGGUUGCUGGUCUUAUCGAAGGUGGAUCUGUCAAGGCUAGCAUUCCUGCCGUUGAGGGUCAGACUGCCGUUGAGGUUACCAACCCCAAGCCUCUUGUUGAGGUAUUGAACUCUCACAAGCUCUACAGUGCCCAGAAGCCUGCACCCACUCCUAACUGGGGUCGCAAGAUGGAAUGGAAGGAAUCCAAGGACUUUGUCUAUCCUGAAGAUGGUUCCUUCUUCCCAAUGAAGGUUUAUACUAUGUAG